UUGUUUAUUAUAAGAUUUUUGUGUGGCGCCGGCGUGUGUCGUCUCGGAACCCUAAUAUUUAGUUUUUAUUUUUAUUAUUGUUGUUGUCCUCUUCAUUUUCUUUAUAUUUGUUCUCUUCCACUCUUCCAUUCCCUUCUUCCUUCCUUUCACCCUAUUUAUAUUAUUCUCUCCCAUCCUUCCUCCACUUAUCAUCCUCAUCUCUUCCGACGCCGAAUUCAUUUUUAUUUUUUGCCUGUUUUGAGUCUUCUUCUCUUUAACUCCUUGGCCACACAUUCAUUCCCCAAUUUAUCCUCUUCACUUUCUAAAUUUUUUCAUCUUCACUCAUGCCACCCGACUCCGCGCUCAUCUUGUUGAUUUGUACUUGUUUAUAUUUUUCCUCCCUUUUUUUAUUUUUUUUCUCGAUUCCUUACAUCUUGAUUUUCUUUAUUGCUUUUAUAUUUAUACUACCUUAUUUUUCCCUUCCAUCAUUUGCUUGGCCUUUUUUCUUCCUGUUUGUUUCUCUCCAUUUUAUUUUUAUAUCCCUUUUCCUCAUCAAUAACACAAAUAAUUGCCCCUUAUAA